AUGAGCAGGCCCAGUUUCAUCCAGCGUUGCUUUCAGUUGAUCUUUGGAACAAAUCACUGCAUAAUAACCACGGAAUGUAUCUGCAAGGUUUUGUCCAAAUUUAGCGAUGUGGUGAUUUCUGAUGGAGUGCUCCACGAUUCCCUUAUUCCAAUCGUAUGCCCGAAAAACGCCGAAUAUCGUGAAUGUACAAAUAUUUGCCCAGCAAAAACCUGCAGUAAUUUUGAUAAGGUGUCAUCCUGCUUCUCGCUACGUUGCGGACCUCCUGCCUGUAUGUGCAAAGAGGGACAUGUUCAACUAUCCAAAGACAUCGAACAGGGUUGCGUUCCAAGGGAGACUUGCUUGAUGCUUUCUAAUCAUGCUAACAACUGUUCAAGCUCCAGAAAUUGUAAAGAGGAGCGGCGGUGCCCUACGCAGCUGGAUCAUGCCCUUUACCCCUUUUGUUCAGGUAGCCAGCCCACUUUUUACGGUAGAUUUCUGAAUUGA